GGAGUUCCUACAGACUCGGGCACGGAUUUCGGUGAUCGGUUCCCAAAGCCCUCCCGUUCGAUCCGCCCAGUGGGGAACGCUCCCCACCACACACACACACGUGUGUCUUGGCGCCGGCGCCGCGCAACCACCCACGCACCCUUGCUCCGCUAUUUCGCCGACCCCUGCGAAGAGAGCUCGGCUGCCUAAGUAAACAUCGCCGAGCUGCUAAUCACAAGGUCUGAAACAAAACAGCACUUCACUUCGGAUCUGGGCAAGAUCAGUCCUCUCCUCCUCCUGCUCUGCUUCGCAUCGGCUACGGUGGUCCUUGAGAUCGAGCCGGUUCCCUCCCUUCUCUCGCUUUUCCUCCGCGCACCGGGGGAGCAGCCGGGGGGUCGGGCACCCAUCGCGGGCUGCAGCCGAGCGCAGGCUGCGUUGCUUAGCUCCUGGCUUCGCUUUCUCCGGAGACAAGAAGAGGGGAAGAGCGCGCGGGGAGGGGGGUGUCUUUCCCUUGCCCUCGCUUUCAAGCUGCCCAUGCUGCGAUUUUGAUUGCUCUUUCGCCGCCCCAGCCAGACCAUAACCAUUGCCCGUUUGUCGAGUCUUCCCCCCUCCCCGCCACCUCCCGCAAAGUUGCUGUCGUCGGGGUUUUAAAGCGCCCCAGGAUGGGGCUUGAUCCUGCAGCCCCUCGCCAGCCUCCCGGGUACUGGCGAGCCUUGCCGCUGCUGGCGUGCGCUUUCCCCUUGGUGACAUUCGCUUCCUUCGCGGACGAGACCUUAGAGAGAACCCCCAAAUCCGAAGGCUACUGCAGCCGGAUCCUGAGAGCCCAAGGCACGAGGCGAGAGGGAUAUAAUGAAUUUAGCCUCCGCGUGGAAGGCGAUCCGGAUUUCUACAAGCCCGGAAACAGUUACAGAGUAACACUUUCCGCUGCCACUCCAGCUUAUUUUCGUGGAUUCACACUGAUUGCUUUGAAAGAGGGCAAAGAGGGAGAGAAAGAAGAAGACCACGCAGGGACUUUUCAGAUUAUAGAUGAAGAAGAGACACAGUUCAUGAGUAAUUGUCCUGUGGCUGUUACUGAGAGUACACCGAGGAGAAGGACCCGCAUUCAGGUCUUUUGGACGGCGCCUUCUUUGGGCACAGGCUGUGUGAUUUUGAAGGCAAGCAUCGUACAAAAGCGAAUUAUUUAUUUUCAAGAUGAGGGAUCGCUUACCAAGAGGCUGUGCGAACAAGAUUCAGCCAUGAAUGGUGUCACCGAUAAACCAAUCUUAGACUGUUGUGCCUGUGGAACUGCUAAAUAUAGGCUUACCUUUUAUGGUAACUGGUCGGAGAAGUCACAUCCAAAAGAUUACCCACGGCGAGCUAACCACUGGUCUGCGAUCAUUGGUGGGUCUCAUUCAAAGAACUACGUACUUUGGGAAUAUGGAGGAUAUGCAAGUGACGGAGUUAAGCAAGUUGCAGAGCUUGGCUCACCAGUAAAAAUGGAAGAAGAAAUUCGGCAACAGAGUGAUGAGGUUUUGACUGUCAUCAAAGCAAAAGCACAAUGGCCUGCCUGGCAACCGCUAAACAUAAGAGCUGCUCCCUCUGCUGAAUUUUCUGUGGACAGAACACGUCAUCUGAUGUCUUUCCUUACCAUGCUAGGCCCCAGUCCUGACUGGAAUGUAGGGCUUUCGGCUGAAGAUCUCUGCACCAAAGACUGUGGAUGGGUCCAGAGAGUCAUUCAAGAUCUGAUACCAUGGGAUGCUGGCACUGACAGUGGUGUUACCUAUGAGUCACCCAACAAACCAACAGUACCUCAAGAGAAGAUAAGGCCUCUCACCAGCCUCGACCACCCCCAGAGUCCCUUUUAUGACCCAGAAGGAGGAUCCAUUAAGUCAGUAGCCAGAGUUGUUAUUGAGAGGAUUGCACGGAAGGGAGAGCAGUGCAAUAUUGUCCCCGAUAACGUUGAUGACAUUGUUGCAGAUCUUGCCGCAGAAGCUCCGGAAGAUGAAGACGACACUCCAGAAACCUGCAUCUAUUCCAACUGGUCCCCAUGGUCAGCCUGUAGCUCUUCCACGUGUGAAAAGGGCAAGCGGAUGAGGCAGAGGAUGCUCAAAGCUCAACUUGACCUCAGUGUGCCUUGCCCAGAAACGCAGGACUUUCAGCCAUGCAUGGGCCCAGGCUGCAGUGAUGAAGAUGGCUCCACGUGUAUGAUGUCCGAGUGGAUAACGUGGUCCCCCUGCAGCGUCUCUUGUGGCAUGGGAAUGCGGUCGAGAGAAAGAUAUGUGAAGCAGUUCCCCGACGAUGGCUCUAUAUGCAAAGUACCCACAGAAGAGACAGAGAAGUGCAUUGUGAAUGAGGAGUGCUCUCCUAGUACCUGUCUGGUGACGGAAUGGGGGGAAUGGGACGAAUGCAGUGCCAGCUGUGGGAUGGGAAUGAAGAAACGGCACCGGAUGAUCAAGAUGACGCCAGCAGAUGGAUCCAUGUGCAAGGCAGAAACCACAGAAGCCGAGAAAUGCAUGAUGCCAGAAUGCCAUACCAUUCCCUGUAUGCUGUCUCCUUGGUCUGAAUGGAGUGACUGCAGCGUAACAUGUGGGAAGGGGAUGAGGACCCGACAGAGAAUGCUUAAAUCUGCAGCAGAGCUUGGAGACUGCAAUGAGGAGCUGGAGCAAGUGGAAAAGUGCAUGCUGCCCGAGUGCCCCAUUGACUGUGAGUUAACAGAGUGGUCUCAGUGGUCAGAAUGCAACAAAUCUUGUGGGAAAGGUCAUAUGAUCAGGACAAGGAUGAUCAAAAUGGAACCUCAGUUUGGAGGAGCUUCAUGCCCAGAAACUGUACAGCGUAAAAAAUGCCGGAUAAGGAAAUGCUUGAGAAAUCCCAAUAUUGAGAAACGGCGGUGGAAAGAGCCUCGUGAAAAAAGGAGAAGUGAGCAGGCAAAAGAAGAUGUAGAUGGCGAGCAGUUUCCAGGUUGUAAGAUGAAACCAUGGACUGCUUGGUCAGAAUGUACCAAACUCUGUGGAGGCGGAAUCCAGGAGAGGUUCAUGACAGUCAAGAAGAGAUUCAAAAGCACUCAGUUUACUAGUUGCAAAGACAAGAAGGAAUUAAGAGCCUGCAAUGUUCAUCCGUGUUAGCAAAACCCGAGUCUUUCAAAUAAUGCACUCUGAGCUACAUGUAAAAUCAACCUUGAUUUGAUUUUUUUUAAAAGAAGAUAUAAAUUGUGUAUAUUAGUUUUCAUUUUUGCAGUGUGGUUUGCUUAUUAGUCUUGCUGGUGCAAGAGAUAUAUUUUAUAAAUAUUUCAUCACAAAUGUAUGCUGAGAGUGACUCCUUGAUGCUCCAGCUAGCCCUUAACGCAUAAAAAUAGUGAAGUCAUUGUGAACUCCUAAUAACUUUGAAAUUAUAGACAUCUCUGUGUGGACAUACAUAAUCAUAGAAAUAUUACCUGUUAAAUACACGGGAUGCAUGCAUAAAUUACAUUGCAAACAUAAAUAUCUAUUUGGAUCCAGUUUCAAAAUACUCAAAGCAGUGCCUCUGUGAUUACACAAACUGUGCCAAGGAAUUUCUUCAAUAAUGCUGGUUCAAUAAUACUUCAGGUGCAUAGUAAUCUUUUUAAAUUUGUAUUUAUAGCAAUCCUGUGAGACAUUUCUUUUUCCUUCGGUAGGGUCCGCCUCAAAAUAAAGCAUAUUUUCUUCCUUCCCACUUUCAGAAGGGAAAGGAAAAAUUUAAACUGUUCACAUGUGAAUAGAACAAAUGGUAACACUUUCUGUCUGAAGGCCACAGAUUAACUGUUGGGCUGCAUCUAAGUAAGAUCACUCUUCACGUUUGCCAUGUCAGCUGUUACGUCAGGACCUCCUGUGACCACCAGACAGGAACCUGUGACUGCCAGAAGUUAGAAUCAUAGAAUCAUAGAGUUGGAAGAGACCACAAGGGCCAUCCAGUCCAACCCCCUGCCAAGCAGGAAACACCAUCAAAGCAUAGUUGUAGGACUACAAGCGCUGAUCAUCCCUCAGCUUUGGCCAUUCUGGCUAGAGGGUUGAUGGGAGUUGGAGUCCAGCAGCAUCUGAAAGGCCACAAGUGCUAAGUGGUAAGAUACAAGGAAGCAGGCCUCAACUUGCAUCAGGGAUGGGGAACCUGUGGCACUCCAGACGUUGCUACACUCCAUCAGUCCCAGCCAGCCUAUCUCAUCUCUGAUUUGGAGAUUAUCCUUGCCUGGGGAUCAGAACCAAACAGAUCUCGGUAGUUUCAUUGCCUUCUAAGAGUUGGGCUAACAUAAAUAUACAAGGCGUUGUUUAGAUGCCUGCUGCAGAGGUGACGGUCCUCAGCACCAGAGCUUCAAACCUUGUUCUAUCUACCAAGUAAUUCCAAGAAGGAAGAAGGGGAAGAAGCUUCUCCACAUCACUCCCAAAGCUGCUUUUGCUGGUUUCAGUCACAAAGCUUCCAUUUUUUGUCUCUCCAUCACCUGGCAGAGGUAUUGUUACCCUGAUUAAUUGUUACAGGCAGCAUAUAUCAUAUGUUUGUUUCUCCUCAUUCUCCUACUAGCUUUCCAGUAAUGGCUGCCAUAUUUCUGGCAUAUAUUUUCAGAGGAAAGUAACUGUCUUGAGAGACAGUUGUGGUGGUGCUGGUAUUAUCUAUUAGUAUAAAAACAAAAAGUACAGCUUCAAUAGAAAGUUGGACAGUGGAGUAAGUACCAUUGAAAGGGGGCUGGGGUCAGUAAGUGGAUCCUUAGGGACAUCCAUGGAUGAAGCAGAAAGCUCCUGCAUUUCUGUCUAAAACGUGGGACCGCAUUACAAACACAACUAUGGCAUACUGUGACAGGCACGGCCUUGAAUAAAUCCUUCACCAUCUCUUUCAUAAAACCCAAUAUUGGGAAAUACAUUGACCAUGCGUUUCUAAAUAAUUUUAAGGAGCAAGCUCAAGUCUACCACAAUAAUGAAAAAGUGCAUGGAUUAUUAGUAACAUUUUGAUGUACUGGGCAAAUGACGCCCAGUAUUAAUGAUCUCUGUAUGCAUCUUGCGUGCAGAGGAAUGUGGGAUUAGUGUGGGAGAGGGCAGAAGCAUGCAUGCAAUGUCAUUUUGCCAGAGUGGCUCAUCAGGGCAUGAGGCUGUAAACAUUUCCAAAGGAUAAGGCAUCAGAGAGUUUCCCUGGAAUGUCAAGAGGUGUAGAGAAAGAUUCAGGUAAUAUAUUAGGUAAAGGUAAAGGGACCCCUGACCAUUAGGUCCAGUCGCGGACGACUCUGGGGUUGUGGUACUCAUCUCGCUUUAUUGGCUGAGGGAGCCGGCGUACAGCUUCCGGGUCAUGUGGCCAGCAUGACUAAGCCGCCGUUAAAAACCACAGUAUAAAAAGGAGGGCAUCUUUCUGCAUUCUCUUCAGUUCUCUAUGCCAAACAUACAAGGACUGAGUCCAAAAGGGCCUGAGUUAAAUUAGAGAGUCCCCAAAACUAUAAUGAUAUUGUUGCAUGCAGUGGUCUCAGAAUGAAAUAAUGUGCAGGGUGAUGCCACCAGCCUUCUAGAGGUAUCCAACUAUUGCUGAAAAGGAAUGAAUUCUGCACACAGCUCCAAAAUUCCACAAGGUUUUCAUUUUCAAUUUGUCAUAUAGUUGCUGACAUUAAUCAUUUUGUACCCCUUUUCAGAGCUGCAGCAUUUAUAAACAGCAGCACAGUGUGUUGGCACCCUAAGGGG